AUGUUCCUCUUCGGCCUCGGACGCCUCGUCUACGUCGCCGUCCUAAUAACAAACGCAAUCGCAAUCCUCAGCGAAGACCGCUUCCUCGCCAGAAUCGGAUGGGGUCGCAGUCAAGCCGAUCCUGCCUUCGGCACAUCACACGAUAGUACCAGCGUCAAGGCGAAAACGGUCGAUCUGAUCGCUAGUGUGCGGACUGUUAUGCGAACCUGGCUCGGCUGUGAUGAAGAGCUCGGGGGCAUCUCUAUAUACCUGUUCAGAGAUUAA